UAGUAGGCUAUACUUUGCUCUAUCAAUUCUGAUUGAAACAAAGCUCUACAAUGAAACUUCUGGUUGCUGCCGUCUUGGGAGUCCUCCUGACUCUAUCACUAGCCAAUGAUAAUGUUGAUGUCAACAAUUCUGGUAAUGAUGGUGGCAGUGUAAACCAGCAAGUCAAUAUUAACAAUCAGGACCGGAUUGCCAAUAUCAAUCACUUCAAUGGCUGGAACUCCUGGGAUUCCAUCUGUGACUAUGGAAACGGAUUUGCUGCAACCAGACUGUACAACAAGAAAAUCUGUAUCCUCACCAAGAUGAAGUCAAACUUCCCCACUCUGGAGCAGCUUAAGACUAUUUCUGAAAAUAAGCACCAGGCUCCACCAACCACAGAGCUGACAACUUACACAAUCAACCAGAAACCUAUUGUUCACAUUGAAGAGUUUGGAAGCCACAUUGAAGCUCUCUGCAAAGGCAUGCCAGCCUACACUGCUAUAGAGAUGCCUCAAGCCGAGGAAGGGUUCGCUCUCUGUCACACCAACAGCAUGAUCACAAUUUUGGGAAUCAGCUUCUGUUUUUAAGAUGCCACUGAAAGGACCCUUUCCCUCUUAGUGGACCCAUAUUGAAAUAUUCUCCCAAAUAUUCCAAUUCUGGAUUUUUCCAGUGUUCCCAUAAUAAUAUUAUUAACAGCAACAAUAUUAUAAUAAAUAAUAAAGGAAAGAUUUAUCAGUG